AUUCCAAUCAAGAGAAGGAUAGACGGAAUCCUUAUAUAAUCCCCCUUGUAUAUAUUCGUGCUCCACUUUCCAUUCUUUGUUAUCAAUCUCUGCUCUUAGGAAAAUUUCCCAAUUACAUUUCGUUCUUUGUUAUCAAUAUUCUUUGUUACCGUUUGUUCGUUACUUUCGAUUCUAUGGCGGCGGCGAUCCAGAAAACAGAGUCGAUGGUGGCCUCCUCGUCUUCAUACCUAACGCUGCCGUUAGGUAUGAAGAUCUCAUUCAUCCCCACCGAUUCACAACUCAUCAGGUUUAUUCUUCACGAUUCUGCCCCGAAUUUUAUUAUUACUGAUUGUGAUCUAUUUGGCCAGGAAGAGCCCUGGGAAAUCUGGGACAGAUAUCUAGGGUUUCUAAACCAAUACAACCCAGAUGAACUCUACUUCUUCAUGCCUUCACUGAAGAAAUUGAGCCGGUCUAAUGGUGGUUCAAGGAUCAGCCGAACAAUUGGCGGUGGUAGUUGGACUCAGAAGGAGCCAAUCAAGUUUGUGUGCGACGAGGGCAGAUCAAUUGGGGUGAAGAGAAAGCUUAGAUAUCACAACCAAGGGUCAGAUCAACAUUUGCAGUGGUGUUUGGAUGAGUAUACUAGUGUUGAGGUUGCUAAUUCAUGUGCAAUUUUCCGGCUCCGGAAAAACGAGCGACAAUACAAAUCACUGUGUGGUAUUUGUGUGGAAGACUUCUUUCAGCCUCUACCAUUAGGAAGAGCCUUGGGAAAUUUGGGACAGGUAUUCAUCGGUUAAAAACCACCCAGAUCUCCUCUACUUUUUCACAUCGUCACUGGGCUCCAAGGGGAGGGUUUGUAAUUUUGGUCGAAGAGUUGGGUCUGGUACAUGGAACCAAAAGGAGGCUGCCAAAUUGGUGUAUGAUGAUGAAGGCGAAAGAAAGCCGAUUGGGAGAAAGAGGAAACUCAGAUAUGUUAACCAAGGCUCUGUGCAUCAUGGGGAGUGGUAUUUGGAAGAGUACACAAGCCUUGUUGAUGAGGGGGCAAUUUUGCUUCUUCGAAAAAACGAGCGGUACAAAGCACCGGCUUCAUCAAUGUCGUCAGGAAUUCCAAGUGAAAAGAAGAGGAAACACAGAGAAAUUGAUCGAUUGGAGGAGAAGAAGCCUAGAAAGAAAAAAGAAGCUUACAGACAACUAGUAAUGCAUGACUCGGAUUUACUUGAUAGGCAAAGCCAAACUGCUACCAGUCCCACAGUGCCUAUUCAACAACAAGAACCUGACAGUGGUGGUGAUGAUAAUUUCGUGUUCUUCAAGGAUAUUGAUAUUGAAACAUGGGAGUUUCCUUCUCUGGAUGAUUUUGUCAUGGCUUGUCCUCCUCCACUUACAGAAUGUGAUCAAGAAGCAUUAGCAACCAUUGAGUUUCCUUCUCUGGAUGAAUUUGUCAUGGAUUGCGAUCAAGAAGCAUUAGCAGCCCUUGAGUUUCCUUCUCCAGAUGACUUGGCUUCUCCUUCUCCUCCUCUUGAGGACUGUGAUCAAGAAGUAAUAGCAGCAGCCAACAUUGAUGAUAAUCAUAAUCUCACGGGAUCCUGUAAUGAUGAUGAUAUUGCAACAUGGAGUUUUCCUAUUGUGGACUAUUCAUUGACUUCUCUUCUUCAAGGAAAAUGUGAUGAUCAAGCAUUAGCAUUAGUCAACAGCGAUGAUGAUCUACAUUUCAUGAAAGAGGAUACUGGAGCAUGGUGUCCUGCUUUUUUGGAUGAUUUCUGGAUGAAAGAGGAUACUGGAGCAUGGUGUCCUGCUUUUUUGGAUGAUUUCUGGAUGGCUCUUCUUGUGGACUGUGAUGAACAAGCAUAGCAUCGCUAGACGAAGUCAUCAUUCUCACAACUGUUACUACCAUCUAGUAGUCUAUAUAUAGUUGAACAAGUCUGCUAAUCUAAUCUUCAGUGGUUGUUUUCUAAUAUUGUUCCGUUAUACAUGGUAAAGUUUGUAAUUGAGUUUUGAUGAUAACAGAAAUGUAUAUUUAGUUGCCACUAUUGUUUACUGAAUGCAUGUUUCUUGAAAUUGUUAUAAAUUUGUAUGGCAUUAUUAUAUUACUCA